GGAGCGGGAGAGGGUGAGGGAGGGAGGAAGAGAGGAGAGAGGCUAAUUAAAAGGGGCCCCAGGCGGGAAGCGAGUGAGAGUCGUGCGCUGCCAAGAACGAACUCGCGUCGGAACUUGGAUCUUCCCUGCGCGCCAGGAGGUCUCCAACCUGGGCUGGAACCUCGCCCUGCACAGGCCUGGUGCUGCAUCCCAUGUGAAAAGCAAGAAGUCAAAUGAAGAUUUUUCAGUGCAAGAUGCAGUACUGGCUGUUUCCAGCUUUUUUGGCAAUUGCUUCCUUUUGCACCUUUGUCCAGGGUCAAGUGGCUCCACCCACACGAUUAAGAUAUAAUGUGUUAUCUCAUGAUAGUAUACAGAUUUCAUGGAAGGCUCCAAGAGGGAAAUUUGGUGGAUACAAACUUCUUGUGACACCAGCCUCAGGUGGAAAAACCAAUCAGCUGAAUCUCCAGAACACUGCAACAAAAGCAAUAAUUCAAGGUCUUAUGCCAGACCAGAAUUACACAGUUCAACUUAUUGCACACAAUAAAGACAAAGAAAGCAAGCCAGCCCAAGGUCAAUUUAGAAUUAAAGAUUUGGAAAAAAGAAAGGAACCAAAAACCAGAGUCAAGGUGGACAAAGUAAAUGGGAAUAAACCAUCUGUACCAGAAGAAGUGAAAUUUUUCUGUCAAACUCCAGCAAUUGCUGAUAUUGUAAUCCUGGUUGAUGGUUCAUGGAGCAUUGGAAGAUUCAACUUCAGACUGGUUCGGCUUUUCUUGGAAAACCUGGUUACAGCGUUCGAUGUGGGCUCAGAGAAGACACGGAUUGGUCUUGCACAGUACAGCGGUGAUCCCAGAAUAGAAUGGCACUUGAAUGCCUUCAGUACAAAAGAUGAGGUGAUCGAAGCUGUCCGAAAUCUGCCAUACAAAGGAGGAAAUACCCUAACAGGUCUUGCUUUGAACUACAUUUUUGAAAACAGCUUUAAGCCAGAAGCAGGAGCAAGGACUGGAGUAUCCAAAAUUGGCAUCUUAAUCACAGACGGGAAAUCCCAAGAUGAUAUUAUUCCACCCUCCAGGAACCUUCGUGAAUCUGGUGUGGAGUUGUUUGCCAUAGGGGUGAAAAACGCGGAUGAGAACGAGCUGCAGGAGAUCGCCUCUGAACCCGACAGCACGCACGUGUACAACGUGGCCGAAUUUGACCUGAUGCACACGGUGGUGGAGAGCCUGACGAGGACCGUCUGCCUCCGGGUGGAAGAACAGGACAGGGAGAUCAAAGCCUUGGCCCUUGCCACCAUUGGGCCGCCUACGGAGCUGAUUACUUCUGAAGUCACUGCCAGAAGCUUCAUGGUUAACUGGACUCAUGCCCCAGGGAAGGUGGCAAAAUACAGAGUCGUGUAUUAUCCUACCAGGGGUGGAAAACCAGAUGAGGUGGUGGUCGAUGGCAGUGAAUCUUCCACGGUGUUGAAAAACUUGAUGUCUCUCACGGAAUAUCAGGUCUCCGUCUUUGCAGUGUAUCCCCACACCGCUAGCGAAGGCCUGCGGGGAACCGAGACCACCCUUGCUUUACCCAUGCCUUCUGACCUGGAACUGUACGAUGUCACUGAGAACAGUCUGCGGGCAAGAUGGAAUGCAGUGGCCGGAGCAUCGGGGUACCUGAUCCUCUAUGCUCCUCUCACGGAGGGUCUGGCUGGGGAUGAAAAAGAGAUGAAAAUUGGAGAGACCCACACCGAUAUUGAAUUGAGGGGGCUGUUGCCCAAUACAGAGUACACAGUUACAGUGUAUGCUAUGUUUGGAGAAGAGGCCAGCGAUCCCGUUUCAGGACAAGAAACAACACUGCCCUUAAGUCCACCAAGAAACCUGAGAAUCUCCAAUGUUGGCUCUAACAGUGCUCGGUUAGCCUGGGACCCGACUUCAAGAAAGGUCACUGGUUAUCGAAUUGUAUAUAACAACGCAGAUGGCACUGAAAUCAAUGAGGUUGAAGUUGAUCCUAUUACUACAUUCCCUCUGAAGGGUUUGACACCCCUCACGGAGUACACUAUUGCCAUCUCCUCCAUCUAUGAUGAGGGGCAGUCCGAGCCUCUGACUGCGAGUUUUACCACGGAGGAAGUUCCAGCCCAGCAAUACUUGGAAAUUGACGAGGUGACGACAGAUGGCUUCAGAGUGACCUGGCACCCCCUCUCGGCGGAGGAAGGGCAGCACAAGCUGAUGUGGAUCCCAGUCUACGGCGGGAAGACCGAAGAAGUCAUCCUAAAAGAAGACCAGGACUCACAUGUUAUUAAAGGCCUGGAGCCUGGCACUGAAUAUGAAGUUUCACUGUUGGCUGUACUGGAUGAUGGAAGUGAGAGUGAGGUGGUGACUGCUGUCGGGACCACACUUGACGGUGUUUGGACUGAACCAGCUACGACCAUAGUACCUACGAAACCUGUGACAUCAGUUUUCCGGACAGGAAUCAGAAACCUGGCUAUAGAUGAUGAAACCACUUCUAGCCUGCGGGUAACAUGGGACAUUUCAGACAGCAGUGUGCAGCAAUUCAGGGUGACCUACCUGACUGCUCAAGGGGACCCUGCGGAAGAAGUGGUAGGAACGGUCAUGGUGCCUGGAAGCCAGAACAACCUCCUUCUGAAGCCUCUGCUUCCUGAUACCGAAUACAAGGUCACGGUGACUCCCAUCUACGAUGACGGAGAAGGCGUCAGCGUCUCUGCCCCUGGAAAAACCUUGCCACCAUCUGGUCCCCAAAACUUACAGGUCUCAGAAGAAUGGUACAACAGGUUGCGUAUUACGUGGGAUCCCCCAUCUUCCCCUGUAAAGGGCUAUAGGAUCGUCUACAAACCUGUUAGUGUUGCCGGCCCAACCCUGGAAACGUUCGUGGGACCGAACAUUAACACCAUUCUCAUCACAAACCUCCUCAGCGGAAUGGACUACAAUGUGAAGAUAUUUGCCUCCCAGGCCUCUGGCUUCAGCGACGCCCUGACAGGCGUGGUGAAAACACUGUUUUUGGGUGUGACCAAUCUUCAAGCAGACCAGAUUCAAAUGACCAGCUUGUGUGCUCAGUGGCAGGUGCACCGUCAUGCCACUGCCUACAGGAUAGUUAUAGAAUCCAUCCAGGAUACACAGAAGCAAGAAUCCACUGUGGGUGGAGGGACCAGCAGGCAUUGCUUCUAUGGACUUCAGCCCGAUUCACAAUAUAAAAUCAGCGUUCACACAAAGCUUCAGGAGACUGAGGGGCCCAGUGUGAGCAUAAUGGGAAAAACACAAUCGCUUCCUACUCAACCACCUACUUUUCCUCCAACCAUUCCACCAGCAAAAGAAGUAUGUAAAGCUGCCAAGGCAGACCUGGUGUUUAUGGUGGAUGGAUCCUGGAGUAUUGGAGAUGAAAAUUUCAACAAGAUCACGGAUUUUCUCUAUAACACCAUUGGAGCCCUAAACAAGAUUGGUGCAGAUGGAACUCAAGUUGCAAUGGUUCAGUUUACUGAUGACCCCAGAACGGAAUUUAAGCUAAACACUUACAACACCAAAGAGACUCUUCUUGAUGCGAUUAAACGUAUUUCCUACAAAGGAGGAAAUACAAAAACAGGAAAAGCAAUUAAGCAUGUCCGAGAUACCUUGUUUAAUUCAGAGUCAGGUACCAGAAAAGGCAUCCCAAGGGUCAUCGUGGUCAUAACUGAUGGACGAUCACAAGAUGAUGUGAACAAAAUCUCCAGUGAAAUGCAAUCAGAUGGCUACAGCAUUUUUGCAAUUGGUGUGGCUGAUGCGGAUUAUUCGGAGUUGGUUAGCAUUGGCAGCAAGCCUAGUGCACGCCAUGUCUUCUUUGUGGAUGACUUCGACGCCUUUAAGAAAAUUGAAGAUGAGUUGAUUACUUUUGUCUGUGAAACCGCUUCGGCAACCUGCCCACUGGUGCACAAGGAUGGCAUUGAUCUUGCCGGAUUUAAGAUGAUGGAAAUGUUUGGUUUGGUUGAAAAGGAUUUUUCAUCGAUGGAAGGGGUUUCUAUGGAGCCUGGUACCUUCAAUGUGUACCCUUGUUACCGACUGCAUAAAGAUGCCCUGGUUUCCCAGCCUACCAAGUAUUUGCAUCCAGAAGGAUUACCUUCUGAUUAUACUAUCAGUUUUCUAUUCCGGAUUCUUCCUGACACUCCAGAGGAGCCAUUUGCUCUUUGGGAGAUUUUAAAUAAAAAUUCGGACCCAUUGGUUGGAGUUAUUUUAGAUAAUGGUGGGAAAACCCUAACGUAUUUCAACUAUGACUACAGUGGAGAUUUUCAAACUAUUACGUUUGAAGGACCUGAAAUUAGGAAAAUUUUCCAUGGAAGCUUUCACAAGCUACACAUUGUUGUCAACAAGACUUUGGCCAAAGUGGUUAUUGACUGCAAGCAAGUGGGUGAGAAGGCAAUAAAUGCAUCGGCGAAUAUCACAGUGGAUGGUGUCGAAGUCCUAGGGAGAAUGGUUAGAUCAAGAGGACCAAAUGGAAACUCUGCACCAUUCCAGUUACAGAUGUUUGAUAUUGUUUGUUCCACAUCCUGGGCCAAUAAAGACAAAUGCUGUGAACUACCAGGCCUGAUUCAUAUCUUCAGAUCCUUGGAUCCUGAGCUGAAAUGGAUGACACCAUCAUGCAAACGGGCUCUGGGACCAGCAGGCCCACCAGGUGGUCCAGGACUCAGAGGACCAAAGGGCCAACGAGGAGAGCAGGGUCCAAAGGGACCAGAUGGCCCUCGGGGUGAAACAGGCCCUCCAGGACCUCAGGGUCCCCCUGGACCCCAAGGACCAAGUGGUCUGUCUAUUCAAGGAAUACCUGGAAUGCCAGGUGAAAAAGGGGAGAAAGGAGAGACGGGCCUGCCUGGUCUACAGGGUAUCCCAGGAGGCAUUGGCUCACCAGGACGUGAUGGCUCUCCAGGCCAGAGGGGCUUUCCUGGAAAGGAUGGGUCCUCUGGCCCUCCAGGACCACCAGGACCGAUUGGAAUUCCUGGAGCCCCCGGAGUCCCAGGGAUCACAGGGAGCGUGGGACCCCAAGGCGCCCUGGGACCACCUGGUGUUCCUGGAGCAAAAGGAGAGCGGGGAGAACGAGGUGACCUGCAGUCUCAGGCCAUGGUGAGAGCGGUGGCACGCCAGGUGUGCGAACAGCUCAUCCAGAGUCACAUGGCCAGGUACACAGCCAUCCUCAACCAGAUUCCCAGCCACUCCUCAUCAGUCCGGACCGUCCAGGGGCCUCCUGGGGAGCCUGGGCGGCCGGGCUCACCUGGAACUCCUGGUGAACAAGGACCCCCAGGUACCCCAGGCUUCCCAGGAAAUGCAGGUGUGCCGGGAACCCCAGGAGAACGAGGUCUAACUGGUAUCAAAGGAGAAAAAGGAAAUCCAGGUGUUGGAAGCCAAGGUCCCAGAGGACCCCCUGGGCCAGCAGGACCUGCAGGGGAGAGUCGGUCAGGAAGCCCGGGGCCCCCUGGCUCUCCUGGACCAAGGGGUCCACCAGGUCACCUGGGGGUGCCUGGACCACAAGGUCCUUCCGGCCAGCCUGGAUACUGCGACCCCUCUUCAUGUUCAGCCUACGGGGUGGGAGCUCCCCAUCCUGAUCAGCCGGAAUUCACUCCUGUCCAAGACGAGCUGGAAGCGAUGGAAUUGUGGGGCUCUGGGAUCUGAUGGCCUCACAAGAAAUUGGAAGACCAACUGCAAGAACUCUUACGGGCACUUGUUCAAGAAGAAUGUCAUAAUGUGGUUUGUAUACUACCUUCUAUCUAGGGGCUUGUUUCAUCAGCCUAAAUCUCUUCCUUGGAUAUUGUUAUUAUUGACAAAAAGAAUUACAUUUUUUAAAAACCCUCCAUCUAUGAUGCCAUAGGAUUGAUUUUUUCUUGGUUGCUUUAAUGACAUGCCAGAUCACUGGUUUUUCCAGAGGAGUUCUCGGAGAAAAUUUGGCCAAAAAGUUGAACUACGGAAACUUUUCUGUGUUAGAUGAUCUCGGGUCCUAAAAUGCAACAAAACAGAUGUGAUUGUAUUCGAGGGACAUGGGGUCCUCGCAGAACAGGAAUUUAAAGAGAUUCAAAGAUGAUGCCAUUGAUUCCUGUCCCCUGUAACCUUGCUGAAAAGAAAAAAGGGAGAAACUACCUCUUUGUCAAUUGAUGUAUCCAACUCUGAGAUCACUUGAUAGCUGCUUUCACUGCUGUCCAAGGACAUGUUACAAUAGAACCUUUCUUAAUCUGGUGCUAUGAAAAAUAGAUUUCGUUUUGCAGUGGUUUUUGCCAUGUACAAUAAUGACUUUCCACCGGUUCCGAUGCAAACCGAUCUCAUUUUGAUGAACAGUUUACCCAGUGGUGUUCCAAGGCUUGCCCUCCUUAUCUACAUGGCUUACGUUGGACAUGCAGAUAAGUUUUUGCAAACCUGUUUCCGUUCUCUUUUGUAAGCAAAUAAAAAUUUAAAACAGUG